ACAGGUCUUUAGUUCUGUUUCCUUGGUGGUCCAAGGUGCGAACCAUCUCUCAUCACUAACCAGCAUGCUGAAAUUGUUUUAUUGAGGUGACUGGAAGGAUGGAGUAUAAGGUUAGUGUUGUAACUGGAGAGAUGACCAGGGGAGGAACAAUGGACAACGUCUUUAUCACCCUGAUCGGCAGUGAAGGAAAGAGUGAACGUACGCUCCUCAACCAAGGCCGAGACUUUGCAUCAAACCAACCGGAUAAAGAGUAUACAGUGAAGACUGAGGCCUCUUUAGGAAAGAUUGUUCUGAUUGCUCUGGAGAAGGAGCAGUUCCUCCCCUUCUUUGAUGAUGAUUGGUUCUGUUGUAAAGUUGUAGUCAAAACCCCAGACAGUGAGGAACUACAUUUCCCAUGUUACUCCUGGAUCAAGGAGAGACAGCUGGUGUGUGUGAGAGAGGGCACAGCUGUGACUAUACUGAAGGAGACCAACUCUAUGUUAAAGAAGAGUAGAGAACUGGAACUGAAGGAACGCCAGGCCACCUAUAAAUGGAGAGAAACAGCCAACGGUCUGCCACACACUUUGAAUGUAGAUGAAGUGAAGGAUCUACCCGUUGAUUUGCAAUUCCCCUUCAACAGAAGCCUGCAUUUCUUUUUCAUGUCCAACAUGUCGCGGGCGGAGCUGAAGAUUAAGUUUUUGGCCGACUCCAAAAAGGCGUGGGAGAGUCUGGAUGCGAUUGGUAGAACAUUCUUCUUCAACAAGACCGAUAUUUACUCAUAUGUGCAGGCUCACUGGGAGGAAGACGAGUUCUUUGGGUAUCAGUUCUUAAACGGAGCCAACCCCACAGUGGUGCGCCAGUGCAGGAGACUCCCGGACAACUUCCCCGUCACUGACGGCAUGGUGCAGGCUUCCAUGGAGGGCAGCUGUCUGUCUGCCGAGAUAAUGAAAGGAAAUAUUUUCCUGUGUGAUUAUGCACUGUUGGACGGUGUGCAGGCCAACACUAUUAACCUGCGGAAGCAGUAUGUGGGUGCACCCCUGUGUCUCCUCUACAAAAACAAAGAUGACAAGCUUAUCCCCGUUGCCAUACAGUGUAACCAGCAGGCAGGAGAACAGAACCCGAUCUUCGUGCCGGGCGACUCUAAGGAGGAUUGGCUCUUGGCCAAAGUUUAUGUGCGCGCAGCCGACUUCCUCCUACACCAGAUGAUCGCUCACCUGCUGCGAACUCACCUGCUGGCUGAGGUCUACACACUGUCCACACUGCACAACCUGCCCACAGUGCACCCAGUUUACAAGCUGCUGAUUCCUCACACACAGUACACACUGCACAUUAACACGCUGGGCAGGGAGAGACUGAUGGCAAAUAAGGGACUUUUUAACCAGUACACUGCUGCGAGUCAGGAGGGAAUGGAGCUGCUGCUGAGGAAAGAUCUGGCUUCUCUGCAGUACAGCACCCUCUGUCUGCCAGAUGAUAUCGAGGCACGUGGCUUGAAGGACAUACCAAACUUCUACUACAGAGAUGAUGGCCAAGCAGUCUGGGACAUACUAACGAAGUAUGCGGGAGGUGUGUUAAAGGUUUAUUACUCAUCAGACACUGAAGUGGUUCUGGACACAGAACUUCAGAAGUGGAUUGCAGACAUCUUCGUCCAUGGUUUCCUGGGUAACGAAGACUCCAACAUUCCAAAGUCUUUCCAUUCAGUGGAUGACCUGGUCAAAUUCGUCACCAUGGUGAUGUUCACUAUGACAGCACAGCACUCUGCAGUGAACAAUGGGCAGUUCGAUUUUGGGGGCUGGUUGCCGAACAGUCCUGUCUCUCUGCAGUCUCCCCCUCCAAUGGUCAAAGGUCACGCUACUGCAAGCACCCUGUUGCAGACUCUGCCGGAUGUAAAUGCGUCCGUGCGGGGCAUGGCCGCCACCUGGGUCCUGACCAGGAAACCAGAGGAGUUUGUAUCCUUGGGGAACCACUCGGAGCAGUACUUCACCGAGCCUGAUGUUGUGGCUUUGGCUACCACCAUGAAAGAUGAGCUGAAGCAACUGAGUGAGAAAAUAAAGCAGAGGAAUGAGGGAAAGGAGCUGCCCUACUGUUACCUGGACCCGGCCGAGAUCGAGAACAGCAUCGCCAUCUGACCAACACUCGUCAAGAUGCUGGUUGUGUUUCCAGAAUGUUAGUGCCAAAUUUUAGGACACAGUAAUCUGAAAAAAAAAAAUGAACGUUAAGAAAUCAGACUUUUUUUAGACAUACUUGCCUAUUGAAACAGGCCUUUCUACUUCAGUAAGCUUGCUUAUUUAUUUAUUUAUUUAUUUAUUUAUUUAACCAAAUAAUACUGAGGAAUACAACCCCACAUAGAGCUUAUGACGGGAUAUAUUUUAUGUAAAAUUGGCUGCCAUGCUCACUGUUAGACCUUUGUAUAUUCAUUUUUUCCAAACCCUGCACAUAACAUUGACAUAACCAUAUCAUAAACAUGUCAGAUGGUAUGAGGUCACAGACUGUAUUCAGAAAUGUGACAGUGUCAUGUUACCAUCACUUUGAACUGUCAUUACAGGUGCCAUAACGUCAUAACAGGCUAUGUGACAUUAUUUCUAGCUGAUAGUGACAUCGGUCAUUGCAAUUACUGGUGAUGGUAGAAUGACACUGAUAUAUUACUGAACCAAAUCUGUUAUGGCAUGGUCAUUACAAGGUUAUGGCCCUGUUAUAUAGCAGAGGUCAAGUAAAGUUGACUGAAAACAGUU